GGGCGUCCCGGGGCAUGCCGGGAGUUGUAGUCCUGCCGCCCCCGCCGUCCCGCCCGCGGCGCCGGGGCCGGCGCCCGCAGCCGGACUACGACUCCCGGCAUCCCCCGCGCCGCGCGCCGAGGAGCCCAGUUGAAGCGGGUGGCGGCGGAGCGCACCCCCCUCCCCCCCGCCAAAAAGCCCCAAACCAAAACAAAAACAAACCGCCCCCCCAUCCCACCUCCCCUCCCGCCCGCCCGCUCGUUCGCCGCCCCCCCCGCCGAGCCCCGGAAAUGGCGGCGCCGGGAGGGGGCUCCGCCAGCCGGGGGUGCUGAAUCCGGCCGCCGCGUCCCCCCUGCCCGUCCCUCCCCCGCCCAUGGGCGAGACAUGGACUACGAGUUCAAGUCGAAGCUGGCGGCCGAGCGCGAGCGGGUAGAGGACCUGUUCGAGUACGAGGGUUGCAAAGUGGGCAGAGGCACCUACGGGCACGUCUACAAGGCCCGCCGCAAGGACGGAAAAGAUGAAAAGGAGUAUGCACUGAAGCAAAUUGAAGGUACAGGGAUAUCCAUGUCGGCCUGUAGAGAGAUUGCACUUUUACGAGAGUUGAAGCACCCUAACGUGAUUGCGUUGCAGAAGGUUUUCCUUUCUCACAGUGACAGAAAGGUUUGGCUGCUCUUUGAUUAUGCUGAACAUGAUUUGUGGCACAUUAUCAAGUUUCACCGUGCCUCAAAAGCAAAUAAAAAGCCCAUGCAGUUGCCAAGAUCUAUGGUUAAAUCCCUACUCUACCAGAUCCUCGAUGGAAUCCAUUACCUCCAUGCAAACUGGGUGCUUCACAGAGAUCUGAAACCAGCAAACAUUCUGGUAAUGGGUGAAGGUCCUGAAAGAGGAAGAGUCAAAAUAGCUGAUAUGGGUUUUGCAAGAUUGUUCAACUCACCUUUGAAGCCAUUGGCAGACUUGGAUCCAGUUGUGGUGACAUUCUGGUAUAGAGCCCCAGAGCUGUUACUUGGAGCCAGGCAUUACACAAAGGCCAUUGAUAUUUGGGCAAUUGGCUGCAUAUUUGCUGAACUAUUGACUUCGGAACCUAUAUUUCACUGUCGUCAGGAGGACAUCAAAACAAGUAAUCCUUUUCAUCACGAUCAGCUAGACCGCAUUUUCAGUGUAAUGGGAUUCCCUGCAGAUAAAGAUUGGGAAGACAUAAGGAAGAUGCCAGAAUAUCCAACUCUUCAGAAAGAUUUUAGGAGAACGACAUAUGCCAAUAGUAGCCUCAUAAAAUACAUGGAGAAACACAAAGUCAAGCCUGACAGCAAAGUUUUUCUUUUGCUUCAGAAACUUCUUACUAUGGACCCUACAAAGAGAAUUACCUCAGAGCAGGCUUUGCAGGACCCCUACUUUCAAGAGGAUCCUCUGCCUACAUCAGAUGUAUUUGCUGGCUGCCAGAUUCCAUAUCCUAAAAGAGAAUUCCUCAAUGAAGAUGAACCUGAAGAGAAAGGGGAUAAGAAUCAGCAGCAGCAGAACCAACAUCAGCAGCAAACAGCACCUCAGCAGCAGCCGCAGGCAGCGCCGCAGCAGCCGCAGCCGCAGCAGCAGAACAGCAGCCAGACCAACGGGACGGCUGGGGGAGCCGGGGCAGGAGGAGGGGGCACGGGCGCCGGGCUCCAGCACAGCCAGGACUCCAGCCUCAACCAGGUGCCUCCCAACAAGAAACCACGUAUAGGGCCUUCAGGCGCUAACUCAGGCGGGCCUGUCAUGCCUUCAGAUUAUCAGCACUCCAGCUCACGCCUGAGUUACCAAAGCAACAUUCAGGGAUCUUCUCAGUCCCAGAGUACAAUGGGCUAUUCCACGUCGUCUCAGCAGAGCUCCCAGUAUCACCAAUCUCAUCAGUCUCACAGGUACUGAGAGCGCUAACGGACUGCACUCAGAAAGGAAUGGACUAAAAGCCAGAAGACUCCAGCAAUAUGAAGUUCAUAACGAUGAGAAGAACCAAAAAUACAAACUAUGAUGCAGAAUUAAAAUUCACCAUGACAAAAGGAAAACUUCACUCACUGAAGACUUCCCUCCCCUCCCCGCCCCCCCGUCCCUUUAUUGCCAUAAAGGAGAUUCUCGUGAAGUUUUCCUUCCUCCCUGCCCCUUGCAUGUGCUCCGUUGUGGUUACUCUAAUGAACCCUUCUGAUCUGAACCCAGCACUUAACUUCUUUAACCUUUGGAAUUUUGAAGGAUUCCUGGUGCACCUUCCUUAUGCUGUAGUGAUUGCCAUAAAUCUGUCUUUUCAAUCUCUUUGAUGGGAUUUUAAAGUUUUAAAAUCUUGAACUCCCAGGCUUUCAAGCUUGUAUAUAGUUAGUUUUAUACUAGGCAAACCAGUUUAGCUAUACAGGUAUAUUGCACCUUUUUAAAGCACUAUGUUAUUUUCACAGGAUAUUACUGUUUUGCUCAUGGAUGUCAAGAACAGCAAAAUUUUACUGUUCCAGAGUAUUUUACUAUUCUGUUUUUAUUAGUCUAGUUUUCAGGCGAGGUCUUAAAAAUAAAAAAACUAAAAAAAUAAAAUAAAAUAAAAAAAAAGGAAAAGGAAAAAAGAAAAAAACCCACCCAAGCCUCUGCAGCGACAAAUAUGCUUCAUGCUACCGGACUGAACGUCAAACAGAAGAUUGCUGAUAUUUCUUAACUCAUUCACAUUGAAUUCUUGAAAUCACAGUGAUCAUGCUCUGACUAGUUUUAAAUUAAGCAUUAUUUUAAAUGAAACCAGGACAGUCACAUAAAAAGGAGAUGCUUUCAGGAUCUGUUGGAACAGAAGAAUGGAAUGUCUUCCCAGGCUGGACACCAAAAUAGUCAGGAAAAUGUAUUUACUGCCCUCAAGUCUCAGUAGGAAUGUGGACGAUGGGCUUGUUUUUCUGUUAAGCAGCUGAUUAACGUAUGUGAGAGUUCUAUAAAUGUAGCUUUCUUUCACAUUCCUGAGUCAAUUUUCUAAACAUAAAGGUGACAGAAAUACGAAGACUUGCGAAAACAAAUGCAUUUAAUCGUUUUAUGUUAGAAUUAAUAACGAAGAGAAAUUAUUGUGCAGUUUGAAAAGCAUGUUGAAAAUCGUUCCUUUUUCAUGUUUAUAAUGCAUAUUCUGUGUCCCUCACAUUGCUGUGAUUAACCCAGAUUAGUUACACCAGAUGCGCUUGAUUGCACUGAAAUGUUUCUUUUUCCCUAGAGCAAACAUGUUUUGAUUGUGCCUAAGGACUGUAAGUGGAUGGGUAGCUGGCAGAGAAUCCCCAGUAAAUAAGCAAGAGUUCAGAAGCGUAAUCAGAGGAUCAUUGUCCAACUUCUGCAACCACAGUUACUCGGAGAGACACAGCAUGUAAUUUGGGACAGCCUCGUUUUUCCUUCAGCCGUCAGAAGUAAGGCUGGGUCUUGUUGCAGGAAACCUGGAAAAUGCAUUUAGAAAGCUACCAGCAAUGAAGCAGCUUCUACAACUGGUGUAGAGGAGGGGGUGAAGUGAGGAGAGUUCAUACGUAAAUGGUUAAUGUUACAGGCUUCUA